AAAUUGGAGCGAUACCAAAAAAAAAAAACAAAUCGUAUUGCAUAUACAGAUUACAGGUCGCAUUGUUUCUUUUGAAAAUACAAAAACCGUUUUCUGUAUCCAAUUUGGUCACCACCAAUUUAUUACUUUCUAGCUUCACCCAAAUUUUUUCAGCAAAUCAUGGAUGAUCUCUCUAUACACAAGAUUCAAAUCUCCGGCACUACUUUAGCCUCUAUCCUCCACCGUCUUUUCUCAUCCUCCGGCGACAUCCACGGCCUAUUAUUCGGCCACGUGUCAUUCUCCACCACCAUCCCUCUUUCCGACGACCCCGCCACUACCUCCACCGCCGUAACCAUCGCCUCCGACGACGGCCCAAUUCGUACCGCCACUAUCACCGAUUUUCUCUCUAUCCCUUCCCACUUUCCCCUCCCUUUACACCAGCUUGAUGAUCCUUCCGCCGCCGUUCUUGGUUGGUUUUCCGGUCGCCGAAAAACCCCUUUAAGACCCUCUUUAAAGGAUUCUACAACUACCCUUUCUUUAACUUCCUCUGCUUCUCACUCUUUUACCCCUCAAAAUGCUCCGUAUUUACUUUCUCUGCCCCCCUCUUUGUUCCUUCUGUUAACGACGCCGUUUCAUGAACAGCUGAUACAUACCCACGAGUACAAAGCUUUUCAGUACCGUAUUUCCACUGAUUCAUUCGACCCAAAAAGUUUAGAUAUUAUCAACAUUGGUCCAUCUUUUCGAUCCCAUUAUGGUUCUUUUAGUCCUAAUUCACCAUUUCCUUUAAUUUCAUGUGACUUAAGGGGUCCAAAUGCAAUGGCUGAAGAUGAAAAGGUGGAAUCUUUGUUGAGUAUUAAAAGGGGUUUGAAGGAUCAGAAGGAGUUGGAUUUAUGUGCUGAAGGAUUUGAGAUUGGGAGAUUGAACAAGUUGAUGGGCUCAGAUGCUUCAAAUUAUACUGUUGAAUUGGAGCAUUUGUAUGAUAAAAUGCUUGUUAAGCUUGAUAGUUUGGCUAGAUUGGUGGAAACGAGUUCUGCUAAGGUUCUUGAGCAGGAAAACCACAAUAUGAAGUUGAGGUACAAAGUUGCUGGCUUGAAAUGAAUUCUGAUGUUUCAGGUGGCAUUUCUCCUUUUGUAAGGGUAUGAAUGAAAGUUACGAGUUCGAUUGAACCCCAGCUUCUACACGGCAUACGUCUCUGAUUAAGAAAUCAUUCUAACCAACAGAGACAACAUUCGGGUGUGAAAUUUAAAAGUGGUUUAUUCUGAUUGCAUGUGAUAUAUUUUUAAUAUGUUUGUAGUAACUAAAUUGAUUGUAGCUAAAAUGAAUGUCACCUUGGAUUAUUUCUUCAUAGAGAGCCAUUGGAUGUGAAGAAGAAAACUUUAGCAGAUUGAGACAACAAUUGAAUGUGAUAUCCUUAAAAGUGGUCAUUGUAAUCAGAUUAGGUCAUUGUUAUGGACUAAGAUAUUUCAAAAGAGCAACUAAGAAUGUAUAUGUACUGUAAUUAUGUCUCUGAACUUUUUGUUUCUUUAGGUUCUCAAUUCAUAAUAUCUUGUACAUGUUAGACUUAGUACGAGGAGGAAAUCAGUUGUAUGAGCCUCUCAUUUUCUUUAUAUACUCCAUUGAGCUAGGAUGAAGGUAGAGUGCUGUGUUCCUAGCUCAGUGGAGUUGAUAAAGGAAAUGAGAGGCUCAGACAACUGAUUUCAUCUUCGUACUAUGUCUAUUUUUCAUCUAAGUUGAACUGUUUCUGCGGUUGUAAUUGCUAGAGAGUAGACAUCAGCUGUCCCGUUCCUUCUCUAAUCACUGCAUUCUUGAACUUCAUUUCUUCCAAGACUUCUGAAAGACUCCCUUAUAACCUGUAGAAGAAAAAGGUUUCUUAUGGACUCAUCACAGUGGAUGUAUAUAUAUCUGAUUAGUCACAUUACAUAUGCCAGUGAAAGAAGGGCAAUUUGCUUGAUGCAUGCACAUUGAGCACUGUAUAAGAACCCUACCCAAAACUCGUCCAAUCAUCUUUUUUUUUAAUGAAUACAACUCGCCCAAUCAUCUUAGCAUGUAACAGCUGGCGGACUAUAUAAGUAAACCCGACUAGAGAGUCGGAUGCUUUGCACAUAACUAACUACAUUCUCUCCUCUCUAAGGAAAUGGACACAUCUCUAACUAUGUUUUCCAAAUUUUUUUUGUGGUAGUGGUACUUCCAUAAUUGCAUGCUAUGCAGUGAUUGCUGUCUUAUUAUUCCUAUAGGCAUUUCCUCAUUUUCCUUCUUGCCUCUGCUCAUUGCCUAAGUUGCCUAUUUGAUGCCCCCAUUAAGGCAUUAGCUUUGUUAUGCCUAAGAGAAACUCUGGAGCAUAGUUCCUUAUACUCUUUUAGGUUAGGAGGUGUUGCAGGCAGAUGUUAGAUAUGUGCGUCUUUGAGCUAGUAGCUCAACGAACAGAUGAUAACAUUACAAUAGAUUCCAAGAAACUGUAAAUUUGCUAAUCAUGGCACCAAUAAGGAAGACGUGCACAUAAAUUUCUUCGCAUCUGCUGAAGCGUUGGCACGUAAAGAUGUUACACCCCACAUAUGAAGUUGGAGGAUCUAUGAGGUUUAAGCGCAACCAAUCAGAUGGUGACGCGUUACCGAGCAGAGGAGGCAACUGCAUGCGACCAGAUUUCGCUAGCUGUCUCCCCCCGGCACGACAGCCAAAGCGGGGCGACCCAUUUUGCAUGUGGAGCGGCGGAAUUUCCAAUGCUUGGUGUACAUAUAUAAAUGCAGUAAGGCUCAUUCUCUUUAUUUUUUCCAGGAGUAUCACUCCCUAUAAUUCACCAAAAACGUUCUCACAUCUCCUUUGAAGUUCCAAAAUAGCCUAAAUUGAAUUAGAAGACGGUUAUGUUAAGAUUUAGCUUGAAGAAACUGAGAAUCGUUGUCGUAACAUCUAUCAUCUGGUGGUAUUGAUUCUGAAGAUUCGUUAGUGGCAAAAUUAAUCACCAUAGAAGCGUAGUUAGUUCUUCAACAAAGGUAUGUAGGGCAACUUUCUUUCUUGGCACGAGUUAGUGUAAGUCCCUCCUUCCUCCUAAAUGACUCCUGCAUUGUAAGGUUUGGUAGUUCUAACCCCUCUCAACGAUGUUGCUAUGUUCUUGUACAUUCUUGUUGGUAGCAUUUAUUUCAAGUCUAAAAUGUUCCCAGUUGGUAUCCUGAGGUCGGGAAGUAUAAUUAGUUAUGAGUCUAACUUAAUAUUUCUUGAAGUUGAUUCUACGUUUUACUUGUAUGUGUAUGUAUCCAUUACACUUUACCGAGCCGCGCUAUAGACGGCCGGGAACGACACCUAUUGUGCAACCACUGAUCAGUUGGGUACGAUGUGAAAUGCUACCGAGCCCUUGUGUGGCCGGGUACGACCGAGCUCUCUAUGAGGCCGGGUACGAGAUAAUGUAAGAUAAGACACUACCAAGCCCUCAUGUGGCCGGGUACGACCGAAACCUCAUGAGGCUGGAUACGAUAUGAUAAAAGAAAGAAACUUACCAAGUCCUCUACGAGGCCGGGUACGAUAUGAAGUGAUAUGCUCCAAAAUAGGGCUAAGUAAUGUUAUAUUAACUUCAGUGUAUAACCCCCAGAGUGGCUUAACCCUUUUAAGGCUUGCAUGUUGUUAAGUUCAUAGUUCUUAUAGUUUAUGCCCUCGGUAGCUCGUCCCCGGUACCAGGUUGAAACCAUGCCCUCAUAUCUCUUAUGUUAUAUCUCUGAUUUUUAUAUUUAGCCUUACAUACUCGGUACAUUUUCCGUACUGAUGCCCUCCUCUUUUGGUCACUGUGUUCAUGC